GUGGCCAUUUUCUCAGUGUGGCAUUCCUGGCAGAAGACCAAGGCACUGUAAAAAUGCAUGGAUCCGGCUGACUGACGGAAGGACUGGCCUUGCCUCGUGCCUGACCUGCUAAAGACGCGGCACACUUAACUCUUGCGGCUACAUCUAUCUACUUCCCACUGCUGCUCCGACUUACAUUCCCAACAUCACCAACCUCCUCCCUUCCUUCCACUUCUUUACUUCUGCCUAGGGGUAGUACCUCUCGAAUGCUUUUUCGGGUAUAAUCCGCUAAGAUCUCCGAUUUGCCUUCCCGGUUUAGGCACCCUCUCCAAUCCAAACUUAGUUUCCCCUCCAUCUCCGCACCGAUGCGAGCCUGAUGCACCCUGAAGCCGGUCAUGUCCAUCCUGCAUGAUUCCUCACUUGUUCGACCUCAGUGUCAUGUCAAGGGCAAACCCCGAUCUCUGGAGACGUCAAAUAGACCCCGUCGCUCCGUCCUCAAGUCCGUUUCUCUUCCCUCGCUGUCGGCCGUCGUCAAAAACUCGUUGACAUGGGCGGGGGACACGUGGGGCUCCUAUGGGAAUGGACAGUCCCCAAAAGAACGCAGACUGCGUGCUGCCGUGGAUGAGCGAAAGGAAGCUUUGUACCUCAAGAAGCGCAAUGCUGUGACGUAUGAAGAAUGGCGAGACGCUGCGAGUGAACUGGAUGAGUUGGAGAAUAACUCUGCCUGGAAGCAAACGUUUGAGUGUCCCGACUAUGACCCUCAUCUCGUGCUCGAUCGUCUCAAGCAGCUGGACGAUGCCCGGAUUAACUGUGAUAUCAGUCGCAUGUUGUUCCUUAUCCGCACGUCUCUGAGCCGCGAUUUGGGCAACAUGAGCAACGCGUCUCUCUACAAGCAUGCUCAUCUCGGGACUAAGAACCUCAUCGAUCAAUACAUUGAUACCGCUCUGGAAACAAUAUUAUCGUUGGUUGAACUAGCAGAUCGAAACCGGUGCGAUGUGGUGGAAUCAAGGUAUAUUCUGGACCAGUUGCUCGCCGCGAGACAGGCUUUCGGACGCAGUGCGCUGCUGUUCUCCGGGGGAGCCACUUUUGGCAUGAAUCAUAUUGGGGUACUCAAGGCUCUAUGGCAAGCUAACCUUCUCCCGCGAAUCAUCUCUGGCGCGUCUGCGGGCAGCAUUGUGUGUGCGGUCUUCUGUACUCGUACUGAGGAUGAACUGCCGGCCCUGCUGGAUUCAUUUACAGAAGGGGAUUUUGCUGUUUUCGGGGAAGGGACUGAAGAAGAUACUAUUCUUCAGAAGACAGCGAGAUUCUUGAAAUAUGGUUCGUUCCUGGACAUCUCUCAUCUAGCCAAGGUGGUAAGAAAUUGGUUGGGCGAUAUCACCUUUCAGGAGGCAUAUAACCGAACACGACGCAUCCUCAACAUUUGCGUUUCCAGUGCUGGCAUCUACGAGCUACCCAAAUUAUUGAACUACAUUACGGCGCCUAAUGUGUUGAUCUGGUCUGCUGUGGCCGUCUCAUGUUCCGUCCCGGUUGUCUUCUCGCCUUACGCCCUCAUGGCUAAGGACCCACUAACGGGAGAACCAGUUCCAUGGAGCGACCUUCAUAGGCAAUACAUCGACGGCUCCGUGGACGGUGAUCUCCCUAUGACUCGUCUGUCAGAGAUGUUCAACGUCAACCACUUCAUCGUGUCGCAGGUCAAUCCCCAUGUUGUUCCAUUCCUUCCCAAGGAUGAUGGGCCAGAUCCAUAUCUAGAAAACACAUUUACCGCUUCUCGCUGGCUCCGGGCUAUCACCUAUCUUGCCAAGGAUGAAAUUCUCCAUCGGAUGACAGUCAUGUCCGAGCUGGGGAUCUUCCCAACGUCUUUGACUAAAACAGUUUCGAUUGUAAACCAGAAAUAUUCCGGAGAUAUCAACAUAUAUCCGGAAAUACAAUAUUCUCGGAUUCCCGUAAUGUUACGCAAUCCGACCACGGAAUUUAUGCUUGAAGCAUGCCUAAGCGGCGAGCGUGCCACAUGGCCUAAGCUUGGGCGAAUUCGCAACCACUGCGCCAUUGAGUUGGCCCUGGACUUGGCCAUUCAGAAAAUGCGGGCCCGAGUGGCUUUCUCCCCGAGUCGCGUCCACGCGAGAACAGAUAACAUUACCGGCCAUUCGAUCGAAUCUCUCGACAGCAGCGGUGGCCGAGGACGCUUAUUGAAUCGGAGAAGCUCCUAUAAUCAUGAAAUUGAAAAAAUCAAACAGGCCCGGAAUGAUGCGGGUCGACGGACAAGACCAUUCUUGCAACGAUCCCGCAGCGUAUUGCUAUCCGAACAAACGCACCGCAUCGACUCUGUGGCCUCAGCCAGACUGGACCAAGCAGUUCAACGACGCCGUCAAAACAAUCUUAGUCAACCUUUCAACAUCGACGAUGGAUCUUAUAGUCCUUCUUCUGGGAGCGACGAAUAUAGUGAGGAAGCCUCCCCUCGGACCCGCGUCCCGCUAGAGCGACAUGUUUCAUGGGACCCGUCAUCAUCUGACGACCCGCCUUCCGAUGAGGCGACUCCUCAUAGUAGCACACAGUCACCGCAUCCAUCUUCUCCCAUACAUAUUGGACGAGUGGCUUCCCAGCGGGCCCCUGUUUGGACUCCCGAUCUAUCCGCUCACGCGCUGCCAACAACACCUGAGCCAUCGUUUCCGCCUUCACCUCACCACCUUCGAAUGACGCCCAAGGCCUAUGUCUCCAAUCCCACUUCCCGUAACUUUUACAACUGACCAAAUACAUAUGCAUUGUCUCUCGAAUUCAGUUGUGACGUAUGUGCUGGAACACUGCGAUCGACAGAGAAUAUAAUGACGAGGUUCUUCCCUUCGGUGUACAUACUAUAUAUUGACGAGGAUAUUUUGGCUUGGUAGGAUAUACUAGCUUGUUGGGCAGUUCAUGCGUUGAUUCAUGGCAAUGGGUCUAGACCAGGAUUGCAUCUUAGAAUCAGACGACAGGACUGGAGUUAUCUUUCUACAGGGUUGACGGUAUAGAGACCACGCUUGGGCUUUAGACUUUUCUCUUGAUUUUGAGGGCGGUCCGCUGCUAUCUGCACCGCUAUCACAGAAAUAGAGUCCAUUCUGUAAUGCUGAUUUAUCAGCAAAGCGCAAUGUGAAUCAAUCGAUGGCGGGUCCAAGAUGCCCCCACCUUAAACACUUCUGCCAAUGCUUUAUUCUACAUCAGUGUAUUGGUCAUUACAAGCUAGCUAUACAUGCCAGUGGUCUACCCCAAAUCGGAACAUAAUCGAGAUAGCUCUGAGUUUAUUGCCACUCGCAUCGGAUGGCAUAUGCCAUGCAUGCGGUUUCAAAUUGCAAUGACAGACAUAGC